GUGUGGAUGAUCAUGGCAAUCCCUAUUUUGCCGAUCAUAAUACGAAGACAACUACCUGGUAUGAUCCUAGGCAACCUGUACCUGAUGCUUCUAUGAGAAGUCGACAAGGGUUCAAUGAGGAGCAGAGCUACUAUCCACACGGUCAAAGUCAAUCACAACAAUCACAACACUUUUUGCCAGCUCCUAGUGAUUAUAAUGCAUCUACAUAUCAACGGGUACAACAAUUAGAAAAUGAAAGAAACACAUUACAAGAACGACAAGAGCAAUUAUUGAGAUCGGGUUUGUUGGACAGUAGUCCUGCGCAGUAUGGUAAUGCUCAAUCUCCUCUGCAGCAAUCCAGCAGUUUUAAUAUGAGAACUCAUGAUUACCCUUAUGGAUCCAUGCCCACUCCUAACCAACCCCAAAGCCAUAUGAUGUCUUAUUCGUGUGAAAACGAACACCCAUCGAGAAUGAAUCCUGGAAUAGUGGAUUCAGGUAUGGAUAUUGACUAUCCCUCUACAAUGAACACGAUAGAGCCUUCUUUCACUAUAUCGGACAUAAAUCCUCAUGAAUUUGAUAAAUAUCUGCAUUUAUCGGACAACCGUCCGUCAACAAGCGAAAGCCAACAGAUGAUUCCUCGAUAUCCGUAG